ACAGGCAGCAAUGACAUCCUUCUUGUGUCGUUUCUUGCAACCCGCCGGUGCUGUAUACGGUCGUAAAUGGCUAUUGCCUUCCACGUGGAAGAAUGUCGCGCGGUGUGCUUCAAUGUUUACACUGUCAGAAACGCAAGAGAUGCUGCUGAAAACAUGCAGAGACUUUGCUGACAAUGAACUAAUUCCGAUCGCUGGAGAGUUGGACGAGAAAAGGCAAUAUCCAAAAGAACAGGUAAAAAGAUUGGGUGAACUAGGCCUGAUGGCCAUCACUACAAGUGAAAAGUAUGGUGGUACUGGCCUAGGCUACCUCUCCUAUGUCAUUGCGAUGGAAGAAAUAAGUCGAGGAUGUGCAUCAACAGGCGUGAUCAUGUCUGUCAACAAUAGCCUAUUCUUGGCACCCAUCGAGAAGUUUGGAUCAGACCACCUAAAGGACAGCUUCAUACAGCCAUUUGUGAGUGGUGAACAGGUUGGUUGUUUUGCUCUUAGCGAACCAGGUAAUGGCAGCGAUGCUGGUGCAGCAACUACAACAUCACAGUCAGAUGGAGACAGUUGGGUGCUGAAUGGGACAAAGGCAUGGAUAACAAAUGGGUAUGAGUCAACGGCUGCAAUAGUAUUUGCAACUAUGGACAAAGCACAGAAACACAAAGGAUUUACUGCAUUUGUUGUUCCCAAGCCGAUUGACGGUCUUAGUCUUGGAAUGAAGGAGAAAAAGUUGGGCAUUAGAGCGUCAUCAACUUGCAAUCUCAUUCUCGAAGACUGCAGAAUUCCAAAGGGAAAUAUUGUAGGUGAAGUUGGUCAAGGAUUCAAGAUAGCCAUGAUGUCACUGGAUGCCGGUAGGAUGAGUAUUGCAGCACAGGCUAUCGGAAUUGGUCAGGCUGCAUUUGAUGUUGCUAUCAAGUAUUCUAAGGAAAGGAAAUCAUUUGAUCGGCCCAUCUCCGAGUUUCAGUUGAUCCAACAAAAGCUUUGUGACAUGGCUUGUAAACUUGAGUCUGCUCGUCUCCUUACAUGGAAGGCUGCAGCAUUAUAUGACGAAGGGGAAAAAGUCACAAAAGAGGCAGCCAUGGCAAAAUUAGUAGCAUCUGAAGCAGCUACCUUUGUAACUCAUCAGGCUAUUCAGAUUCUUGGUGGGAUGGGCUAUGUCCAGGAGAUGUCAGUUGAGCGGCACUACAGAGAUGCUCGAAUUACAGAAAUCUACGAAGGCACAAGUGAAAUUCAACGACUCGUCAUUGCAGGCCAAUUGCUAAAGGAAGUUUCAUGAACUUCUCUUGCCUCAAAACAGUGACAUGACAACAGCAAAACUCCACUGCCAAUUACACUUUAUUGUGGCCAGCAAAGUGUAUAGGUUGCUACUAUCAUUCAAUGCUAGUUUUGUCACUUUGCAAUUUUUGAACUGAAAUAAUAGGGACGGGAAAGAUACGUCACAAUCGCUGACUAUCUACCCAGAAACUCA